AUGACUUAUUGCUGUUCGAAAUGUCCUAAUAAUAUGGAAGAAGAAAAAUGUCAAUUUGAAUUUUUUUAUCAAAAAACUGAAAAUAGAAAUGGUGGUGUCUUAAUGAUUAUUAAAGAAGAUAUUUCGAUACGUAGAGUUCCCUGCAAGUUACCUAAUGUUUGUGUAGUCAAUAUUAAAGGUGAAGAAGAUUUUAGACUAAUCGGUGUACAUGCACCUGAUAGUGAAACAUGGUCAUCGGAUGAUCUGUCUUAUUUCUUAUCAAAAAAAUGUAUUGUUUAUGGUGAUGUUAAUGUUAAUAUCAUGCAGUAUGGAAAGAACGCUGAAAUAUUUCUUCAAUGGGCUGAUGAACAAUUUCUAGCUCAAGCUCUACCGAAUUCUUCAACGUCUUUCCAAUCUGAUAGAGUAAUCGAUUAUGCAUUUGUUUGA